AUUGGUUCAUACAGGAGAGAGACCUUACGAGUGUGCUACAUGCGGAAAAUCCUUUAAACGAAUAGGCAAUAUGAAGAGACAUACAUUGAUUCAUACAGGGGAGAGACCUUACAUGUGUGCUACAUGUGGAAAAUCCUUUAACCAAAUAGUUAGUAUGAAGCUACAUACAUUGGUUCAUACAGGAGAGAGACCUUACGAGUGUGCUACAUGUGGAAAAUCCUUUAAACGAAUAGGCAAUAUGAAGAGACAUACAUUGAUUCAUACAGGGGAGAGACCUUACAUGUGUGCUACAUGUGGAAAACCCUUUACACAAAUAGGCAGUAUGAAGACACAUGCAUUGGUUCAUACAGGGGAGAGACCUUACAUAAUAGGCAGUAUGAAGACACAUGCAUUGGUUCAUACAGGGGAGAGACCUUACAUGUGUGCUACAUGUGGAAAAUCCUUUACACAAAUAGGCAGUAUGAAGACACAUGCAUUGGUUCAUACAGGGGAGAGACCUUACAUGUGUGCUACAUGUGGAAAAUCCUUUACACAAAUAGGCAGUAUGAAGACACAUGCAUUGGUUCAUACAGGGGAGAGACCUUACAUGUGUGCUACAUGUGGAAAAUCCUUUACACAAAUAGGCAGUAUGAAGACACAUGCAUUGGUUCAUACAGGAGAGCGCCCUCAUAAGUGCACUACAUGUGAAACAUCAUUUACUUUCAAAAGUUCUCUGAAGAAACAUACAUUGAUUCACAGUAGAGAUACCUGAAAAGUGUAUCACAUGUAAAAAAUAUUUUGCAUUAAUAAGCUGUAUAAAAAAGGAUAUUAAAAAGGUUCAUAUGGAAAUACUAUAUGAACUACUAAACAUGAAUUUAUUAAAGGUGCAUGAGUGAAAAUGUGUUGAAAUUGGUUUUUAAGUACAAUAAAAUAAUAAAAUUAAGAAUAAAAUUAACAGUUUAUUUAAACACAACCAUAGAUAAAACAUACUCCCUUAGUAGAUUUCUCAUCCU